CGAGAGGCAGCGGCGGGCGGAGGGAGGCGGGCUCAGGGGCGCUGGAAGGGCGCGCGCGGCGAGGGGCGCAUGCAGGGCCCUGGUGCGGCGCUUCUCCUGAGCACCAGGGAACUGGGGCCCGUGCGCCAGGGCUCGGCCACCUGGUACAGCCAGGACCAAGGCCCGGCGUGCGGUUGGCUGCGGAAGCCGCAGCCACCUGAGCCACGCACCAGUUCCCCCGCCUCUUGGCCCUGGGUUCCCUACCCUAAAUACCGGCCUCCUGGGAAGCCGCCAUGGCCAGGGCCCGCCUCCGCCCGACCCGAGGUGGGUUGCACUGGCGGCCAGCGCCUGGUCAGCAGUCCUGGCCUCGUGCCCCACCAAGGCCACGCCUCCAAGACUCCUGCACACAGCACCCGCGCCCAAGGCGCUGUGGAUCCCCACCUACUCAGCCCCCAGCCUGCCCAGGUCCUGGAUGAUCCUUCGCCGCAGGACGGAUCCCUUGUCCUCUGGAGAGGAUUCUCCAAGGCACAGCACCACAUGGGCCGGCUCAGAAACGCCAAAAUCCACGUGGAGAGAGCUGUCAAGCAGAAGAAGAUCUUUAUGAUCCAAGGCCGCUACCCAGUGAUCCGGUGUCUCUUACGCCGGAGAGGCUGGGUAGAGAAGAAGAUGAUCCAUCACACAGGCACCACCCUGCUGCCACCCCAGAAGGAUCUAGACGGCUCAGUGAUGGGUGAUAGUGACACCACUGAGGAAGGGACGGGGGUCUCAUCAGGUCUGGGCUCUGCAUACACUGAGGAUGAAGAAGAAGAAGAGCAGUAUCGGCCACCACAGCUGUUUGACUUCAAUGGCCUUCUGGAAUUUGAUGACCUAGAUGGGACACAUGCUUUGAUGUCCCGCAUGGUUCGGAAUGAGACACCCUACCUUAUCUGGACCACCCGGCGAGAUGUGCUGGACUGUCGCUUCCUCUCCAAAGAUCAGAUGAUAAACCACUAUGCCCGAGCUGGCUCCUUUACUACAAAGGUGGGUCUGUGUCUCAAUCUCCGGAACUUGCCCUGGUUUGAUGAGGCUGAUGCUGACUCCUUCUUCCCACGUUGCUACCGCCUGGGUGCUGAAGAUGACAAAAAAGCCUUCAUAGAGGACUUCUGGCUGACAGCUGCCCGCAACGUUCUCAAGCUGGUGGUGAAGUCGGAAUGGAAGUCAUACUCUAUCGAAGCAGAAAAGGAAGAGGCCCCAGAAGAGAAGCAGCCCAAGAAACAGGAAAAAAAACCCAUGACGGUGUCCCCAGAGUUUGUGGAUGAGGCCCUAUGUGCUUGUGAGGAGCACCUUAGCAACUUGGCCCAUAUGGACAUUGACAAGGACCUGGAGGCUCCAUUGUACCUCAGCCCUGCAGGCUGGUCCCUCUUCCUCCAGCGCUACUAUCAAGUGGUCCAGCCCUGCCCUGCCCAAGUCCCACCAUCUUCCCACAGUGAGGGGGCAGAACUCAAGCACCUGGAUGCACAGGUCCAGCGCUGUGAGGAUCUCCUGCAGCAGCUGCGGGCCGUGGUGCCCCAGAUUGACAUGGAAGGGGACCGUAACGUCUGGAUUGUGAAGCCAGGAGCCAAGUCCCGUGGACGAGGCAUCAUGUGCAUGGACCACCUGGAGGAGAUGCUGAAGCUGGUGGACUGCAACCCCAUGAUGAUGAAGGACGGCAAAUGGGUGGUACAGAAGUAUAUUGAGCGCCCCCUGCUCAUCUUUGGCACCAAGUUUGACCUGAGACAGUGGUUCCUGGUGACUGACUGGAACCCACUUACUGUGUGGUUUUACCGUGAUAGCUACAUCCGCUUCUCCACACAGCCCUUCUCCCUGAAGAACCUGGACAACUCUGUGCACCUCUGUAAUAACUCUAUCCAGAAGCACCUCGAGAACUCCUGCCAUCGCCAUCCCAUGCUACCCCCAGACAACAUGUGGUCCAGCCAGAAGUUCCAGGCCCACCUGCAGGAGAUGGGGGCCCCAAAUGCUUGGUCCACCAUCAUUGUGCCUGGCAUGAAGGCUGCUGUGAUCCAUGCACUUCAGACCUCCCAAGAUACAGUGCAGUGUCGGAAGGCCAGCUUCGAACUCUAUGGCGCGGACUUUGUAUUUGGUGAGGAUUUCCAGCCCUGGUUGAUCGAGAUCAAUGCCAGUCCCACCAUGGCACCCUCCACGGCUGUCACUGCCCGGCUUUGUGCUGGUGUACAAGCUGACACCUUGCGCGUGGUCAUCGACCGGCGGCUGGAUCGUAACUGUGACACAGGAGCCUUUGAGCUCAUCUAUAAACAGCUUGCCGUGGAGGUGCCCCAGUAUGUGGGUAUCCGGCUCCUGGUGGAGGGUUCCACCAUCAAGAAGCCCAUGGCACUGUGUCAUAGGCGGAUGGGGGUCCACCCAUCACUCCCUCACCUGCUGACCCAGCAAGGCUCUGGGGAAGGCAAGGACAUGGGGACCCCAACCCACAGGUCAGCUUCUAGGAAAGUUGCUGGGGCCAGGAGCCUGGGGCACAUUGAGAAGCCAGACUCUACUGCUACCACCUCAAUCCCCGGGAAGGGGAAGAAAGCCCCUUACCACUUCCCCAGCCUCCACGCCAAGGCACGGCUGCCUUCUCCCUAUGUGCUCCAACCCCAGGGGCGCGUCCUCAGAAUGCAGCCCAGCAAACUGGUGGGCUCUAAGGCCCUAUCGGCCACAGGCAAGGCCCUGAUGACUCUACCUACGGCCAAGGUUAUGAUUUCUGUUCCACCUGAUUCUGACCUCAAGAUGGCACCCAGCAUCCCGAAGCCAAGAAAGGCUGUUGCUCCCAAGCACCUUCGAGGUUCCCAACCUGGCAGUGCCUUGUGGCCUCAGACCCUUGAAGUCGGAACUCUUCCCAGCACCCAUAGGAAGGUCAAGGUCAAAGGCAAGUUCAAGGCAAGACUCUGCGACAAACCCAAGGCUGAGACAUACCCUGUGAAGAGGCUGAGCCUCCCUAUAUCCCUGCCCCUUACUGAUACCUGCCAGAAGCUGGGGAGCAUGGGGGUUACGAGGCUAGGGAAAACCUGCUCUGUUCCCCACUGCCUCUGUCCUGGAUCCAGUACCAAAUAAAGAGGAGCAAAUGAAGUAUGGUAGGCUUUGGCUCCACCGCUGUUGUUGGGUGAAGAACAGAUGGAGUGAAGCCUCUACCCUACAGCCCAGAGCAAGAGCUAACAGCAGCCUUAAUUCCUACCUAGUGACAGAAAAGGAGCUUUCUGUUAAGAUACUUCCCUGGUAUCUCUGAUCUUUAGGUGGGGGUCGGGAAAGAGCCUUCACUUAUACAGAUGAAGAAACAGUCUGAAAACAGAGAUGUGGCUUGCCCAAGAUCACGUGGCAGUGAAAAGUCAGGGACACAUUGCCAGAACUGCUGACAACUUUGAGUCCCUACCCCAACCCCAGAGGUUGAGCUGGGAUGGCAGAAUGACAUCCAGUGGGCACAGGGACACUUAUUACACAACACAGGGGAAAGGGCAGACCUUGCUGAAACCCCAGCCUUCUUCACAGGCUAUGGGUCUGUCCCUUUAUCAGCAAGGAGCCAAUGUCAGCUAAAAUGAGAUACCCAACAAAACACGCCCAUGUGGAAAAAUCUGGUGUCUCCUAGUUGUAGUGGGUUGAAUGGCGGCCCCCUAAAAGAUAUGUCUCCUGUCACCUGCAUGUAUGUCCUUAAGCAGGUAAGGAGUUUUGUAAUUGAUGAUCUUGAGAUGAAAUCACCCCAGAUUAUCUGAUUGGUCCCUAAGCCCAACAAUAAACAUCUUUGUAAGAAUCAGAAAAGAUGACAGGAGAUAAAAAACUCUACUUCCAUUUUCUUAGGUCCUGACUGGAUCUGAGAACUAAAUUACAUAAGCUAUAUUAACAGGACUUGGCAUGGGAGCCCUUAUAAAUGAAGACCCAAAAAGGCAGUUAGAGUCAGUUACUGGCUCAGACAAAGAAUAGUUGUGAAAAAGCUACUAAAUUAUGCAGGGAGGCUUAAAAGACAGGAGUUAUUUAUUUAUUGGCCAUGCUUGGGAUGGAUCUCAGGGCAUCAUACAUCCUAAACAGGCACUCUUACCAUUGAGCUACAUCCCCAGCACUGGAGUUAUUUUAAUAAGGUCUUCACAGAAUUCUUUUGGUUUUGACUUCUUGUUUAUAAGUAGGGAUGCUAUAUAUUUCUAAUGGGAAUUGAGUCAUAUCUGUUUUUAAGAAGCCGUACAAAGGUCAAAGUGAUGUUUUUCUUUUUUUGCAUACUAGGGAUGGAACCCAGUAUGCUAAGUAAGCACUCUGCCACUGAGCUACGUGUCCAGCCCUAAAGUGAUUUCAUAGU